GGCUCGACGCUCUUUGCGUGCCGGAGGAGCCCUCUUCAAACGCCUCGCGAUCACCAGCCAUCCAAAUCCCACUCCACCGCAUCCCCACCGUCGAAUCUCGUUUGCCCCGACUCUUUUACGAAUGAACUGCUCCGCGCUCGCCCCGUCUAUCUCAUCUCUAUCCGUUCGAUUCGAAUCCCCUGUUCUUUCUCUCUCCCCUUCCGCGUCCAACUUCUUAGCUCCCUCUUUUUCCCUUUUUCAAAUCGCCGGUUCUCUUCUCUUUGAUUCGUGAAUUGUUGGAGCCAAUGCCGAGGAGAUCGCCUCAGUGAUCUGUUCACAGUUCUAUGUCGUUCAUUUGAAUUGCAUGAGGUGGAGUUUUCCAUGGGAACAGUCGUUGACAUACAGGUUGAUGGGGAGAAGGAGACUGAAGAGAGUGAUUUUGGAAAGGCCGGGGUGGAGUUAUCCACGGGAACAGCCGUUGAUGGGGAAAAGGACACUGAAGAGAGUGAUUUUCAAAAGAGUGGUUUUGGAAAGAUCGUUGCUUCCGAUCCGGUGGUUUACCAACUUGUCAGGGUUGAAGGAGAUGGAAGGUUAGUUCCUGCUACAGAUGACGAGGUUAUGGAGGUUGAGCAUCUGCUUGAGGAAGACAAAAGUGGACUAGCUUCAGAUGAAGCUACAAAAUAUUUUGAUGGAUGUGUUUCUAAUGAAGGGUUGCCCUCUAAAACAUCUGACUUUGAAGGACUUUCACAAGCCAAAAAUGCUGAAGUUGAUUCACAAGAAUUGAAUGCCAGGCUUGAGUAUAUAGAGGUGAUGUUGCAAAAGGUUAAACAGGAAGAGAGGUUGCGGUUGUCGUCUGAGUCUCUAAAUCAUUGUACCAAGUGUAUGGAUGCAAAUCAUCAGACUCUUGACGGUUGCAAUGGGACACAAGCCUGCAAGCACAAGCUCCAACCUGAGAAUACUUCAAUGGAAACUGCUCCUUCUUCUAUGGCUUUAAAUGGCAGCCAGAGUGUUCAAUUAGAAGGUGCAGAAACACACUCAGGACCUGCAAAUGAGGCAGUCAUUAGUAGUUCAACAGUUUCUGGAACAUGCACUAGUUCAAUGCCUGAUUUUUCUAUUCUAAAAGGGGAGAUCUGCUUAGAUAAUCUGUCAAUAAGAGAGCUUCAGGAAGCUUUCAGAGCUACAUUUGGCCGUCAGACUUCUGUCAAAGACAAAUUGUGGCUUAAGCGACGGAUUACAAUGGGACUAACUAACUCCUGUGAUGUUCCAACAACAAGUUUUGUGAUCAAAGAUCAUAAAAUAGUUCUCAAGGAAGUGAAAGAAGAACCAUCCAAGUUGCAAAAAUCUAAGACUGAAGCUGGUUCUUUGCCCUCAGAUCAAGUUACUGAUCCAACAGAUGGUAAUUUCCAUAAUUUACCAACUAGCCUUACUAACCAAACCGAAGACCAGCAAGUGUCCGGCAAGCGGCUUGGAAAACCUCUUUCAGAAUAUGAUGAGAAGAAUGAAGAUCUACAAAUGGAGCAGUUUGCCUCCAAAAGGGUGAGGAAGCCUACGAGGCGGUACAUCGAAGAACUUUCAGAAUUUGAGACGAGGGAGUGUUCUGCUAGAUUGUUGUCUUCGGUCAAAAAUUCUGGACAUGGCCAGUCCUCUCCAAAAUCUCAGAUCAGGCCAGUUCAUGAUAUUGGUUCCUGUGGCACAAGCUUUUCCACUAGGCUGGACUCUCUAGGAGGAUUUGGUAUUCAGGUACCAUACGUCUCCAGGGUGAGAAGAGGGCGCCCAAGGAAGAAUUUUGUGUCUCUCAUGAAAUACCAUCCUGGUGGCAUAGCACCCAACCUGGUUAAAACAGCUCUUGGGAUUCCUGCCUUGCAACAAAAUAGUGAAGGUGGAAGCAGAGUAAAGAAAGCAAGAGCUCCACCUAUGCAUAUUACACAGCUGCUGCAGAACUUUGUUGAUGAGAGAGAAAAAAGGGAUGCAGAAACAAUUUACGGUGAUGAUGAGCAUGAUCUAGGGCUUGAAGAGUUUGAUGCUGCUGGAGAUAAUGUAGAUGGCAAUGCCGAUACUGAGCCAGCAUCAAAAGGUGGUGUUCGAAGGAAGCAUCAUCGUGCUUGGACUCUUGGUGAGGUUCUGAAGUUAGUUGAAGGAGUAGCUAGAUAUGGAGCUGGUAGGUGGUCUGAAAUUAGAAGGCUGGCCUUUGCCUCUUACUCUUAUCGCACCUCUGUUGAUCUUAAGGAUAAGUGGCGGAACCUGCUGAGAGCAAGCUUGGCACAAGGUCCUUCAGACAAAGGGGCCAAGAAUUCCCGGAAGCAUACUUCCGUCCCAAUACCAACACCCAUUCUGUCACGAGUAAGGGAGCUGGCGGAGAUGCACUCACAGACCAGUACCGAGCUCGGUCCAAGUAAGAUUAGCGGCUGUGGUGGGAGAAAUGUACAGGAAGAAGGAUCUGGAUUUUUGUGAUCAGCCUUGUAACUAGAACAGUCAAACUAAUAAGGAGAAACGCCAUAUAGCCACUUACCACUUAUGUACAAUAGUUAGUUUUUUUUUUUUGGUAAAAGCUUUUGUACAAUAGUUUGAUACAAACAAUCAUUACCAUUCUCUCUUCAGGCAAUUUUGAGCAUUUCCUGUUCCACUCCUUGCAGUGCUCUAAAACGGUGCUGGUUUGUUACAUAUAUAGGCUGGGAAAAUUAUAUUUGGA